AUGUCGAAACCAACGCCGCUUAGAUCGUUCAUAGGAGGGGUUGGGCUGUCGCUUCCAGUUCACUCGCUAUUCGUGUUCAAUGGCAGCAACUUCGGCGUUUCUGGGUUUAUCCACAAUGCAGUUGCUGGAGGAACUGAAGGCGCGGCAGGCGUUGUCGGUCUUGUACUUGGCGGGUUUCUCAUCGGCUUAUUGGAAGGAAGACCGCCUGCGGCGGUUCCGGGUAGCCUGAGCCAGAUCGCUUUGGCGGGGCUCUUAGUGGGAAUUGGGACUAAGUUAUCCAACGGUUGCACAUCUGGACACAUGCUCUGUGGGCUUUCUCGACUCUCGACUAGGUCUCUCGCUGCGACGCUGUCAUUUUUCAUAUCUGGAGCAGCUACAACCCUACUGAUUCACGGUAGCAAUCUACCGUCGAAUUCCGACUUCGAUUGGACAGUUGGUGACCAUGGGAUGCGACUGCUUUCCCUAAAGGCGUUCUGUAUCCUCAUCUCAACCAUCUUACAUACCGUCCCAUGGGAACGAUACGAUGGAUCUUCACAUACAGACACAGAGUCGUCUACUCGCGAAACAUUCUCUCUUUCGACCAAACGGAGGUUGAUCACAUUUUUCACCGGCUUGGAUUUUGCCGUCGCUCUUCAUGUAUCCAAUCUUACGGACGCAACUCGCGUCCUGCGCUUCCUUGUCCUCCCCUUUCACCGCGCUUUCGACCCUUCCCUCGCGUUCCUCGCACUCGGUGCUCUUCCGCCGGCUAUUUAUAUGUACCACACUCACCGAGGUUCUGCCCGCCUUGGGAAGUUACCCGGAACGAUAGCAACAAAGAUAGACUCUAGGCUCAUUGGAGGUGCAGCUCUAUUUGGAGUAGGAUGGGGGUUAUGUGGCAUCUGUCCUGCCCCUGGACUCGUCAAUCUGGGACGAGCAAUUGUAAAUCGGGCCGAUGCCACGCAGUUUGGGUUGUGGCUACUGGGUGUGGUCAUCGGGGGACGGGUGGCGAAGUCGUGA